CCUAACUGUAUUUAAAUAUGAUGAAAUUAUCCUCCUUCUCUACCUCUCUCUCAUUAUAAAGAAUGCAUGUGGAGCAGAGGAGGGAGGGGGCUUCGGUUCCGUGGUUCUGUACCGGUGUCGGGUUGCAGCUGGACUCGGGCGGAGUGAGCUCUGUCCGGGCUGUGUUUAGGUUCGGUCCCGCUCCUGCACACUUGACUGUCGCGACGUGUCUUUCUUUUGUCUGAAACUAUAGAAACGUUUAGACCAAAGGCGAAUGGGUGAACAAAUUAGUUUUAUGUUUAAGCAUUUUUCAGGACAUUUACAAAGUGGACGACACGUGUUUAUUUGGGAUUUUUAAAACGUUAUUUGCAAGACAGAAAGAGGAAAGAUGAUUUUGCAAACUCUGCUUUUCAUCCACAUUGCAGUAGCAUGUCUCAUCACUGCAGUUUGGGCCCAGUCGGACAGCAGCAGUAGUUUAGUGGUGGCAGCUUACAACAUGAGUGCCCCUGCUGGUUCCAAGGUGGUACUGCAGUGUGUGAGUGGCCGUAUGGUUUGGACCAGGGACAGGAUUCGGGACAGGCAGAGGGUUUUGCACUGGGACAUGUACCGGGCCAGUCCGGACUACGUCAUGGAGCGAGUGGUGGACAUGUUCUCAGGUCCUGGAGGAGACCAGCGCAUCUACAACUCGUACAACCUGGGCAGGGUCAGCCUCAGCAAGAAGGCUUUUAAGGACGGGAACUUCUCUCUUGUCAUCAAAGACGUGACGAUGAAUGACCGUGGGCUGUACUCGUGUAACCUGCACCACCUGUACUGUCACCUGUAUGAGACUGUGAGGGUCCAGCUCAACGUCACCAAAUCACGGCGUAAAGAGCAGAGGUACUGGGACGGGCAGAAGGCUGUGUUUGUGGUGCUGCUGGGGAGCACUGUGGUUCUGCCCUGCAUCAACAGACGCAGCGUUUGGACCGACUGGAGCACUGACGAGGAGGAUCAGCAGGUGGUACAUUGGGACCGGCAGUCUCCUGGAGUGCUCCAUGACAGGGCAGAUCGCCUGGUGGACCUGUAUGCCUCUGGAGAACAGCGCAGCUAUGGACCACUGUUUCUGCGACGCAAAAUGAACAUCAGCAGCCUCGCCUUUUCAGAGGGGGACUUCUCUCUCACCAUCUCAGACCUACAGCCUACAGACGAGGGCUUAUACUCCUGUCACCUUCACCAUCACUACUGCGGUCUGCACGAGAGGAGGCAGUUCCAGCUCAGGGUGGAUCCUGCAGUGGUCCAGCCCACACAGGCAGCCCGAGCUUUGCCUAGCGAAGACAAGGAGGCUGAACCUCCGCGGGUCAUAAACGUGAUCCUACCUGAUCGGCAACACUACUUCCUGCUUCCUGUGGGAUACGCCCUCACUUCAUGUUUACUGCUGGCCUUCAUUGUGCUCAUCAUCAUCCUCAUCACGCGCCGACGGAAGAAGAAAGAGCCAUAUCCACAAGCUUCAACACGGUCAAGUCGAAGUGAGAGCACUUCAGAGGAGCUGGAGAUGGAGGUGUCUGAGGUCACUGUGUCCAUCAGAGAAGAGCCACUGUUUGAUUACAAAAACAACCUGCUGAAGGAGAAGGCCCACAGGAACUCACAGCCUAAAGUCAUCGACCUGGACAAAGAAAUGGAAAAGUUUCGUAAAUGAUUACACAUCUGGAGUCGCUGGCUGGUCCAGAGGCAAAACAACGCCACAGACUGAAAAUCUGCAAAAUACCAAAAAAAAUAAAUUGCACAAGAAUUACAGGACAAUUUCAGUUUGUUUGAGAUUUGACAAUGUAGUUUUUCUCAUGCUAAAACUAACUGUAGACCAGGCUCCACAAGGUUUGAGCACCACCUGGAGGAGCUCAGAGAAAGUUACAAAGGCAUUACAACUGAUACAUGGUUAAUACUGAACCAAGACUUUUGCUCUAGGCUUUUGAACUUAUUGUGCAUCGAAUAUUGUUUGAGAUCUUUUUGCUAAAGAGACUGCUAAGUUAACAUUAAUGCUAACUGCUAACUAAAGCUGAAACUAUAUAUGUAAAUGGUAUUUCUCAUUAUGUUUUGGGGCAACGAAGAUGUUAAAGGCAAAAACUUAUUAAAACGUAUUGGUGAUUUUUAAUGUAUGCUUUCGAAAACAUGCUACAAUUUCAGCAUAUGUUUAAGUGUUUAUUUAAUAGCAUUUAGUCUAUUUUCCAAUAUAGAUUUAGGCCUACGGGACCUAUUGUAAUUUCAUAAUUGAUUUUUAUAAUUGAUUUUUAUAAUGUCCUAACAAUGUUUUAUUUGCCAGAAUUAUUGUUCAGAGUUCUUGCUAUUUUUAUGCUGUACACAAGUUAUCCUACUUUGUAAAUAUAUGCAAAUUUGCACAUUUUUUUUUUUUGUUUACGUAUAAAAAUGCUUUCUUGAAAAAUAUAAAUCUUUUGAAAAAUCUUAAAUCUUUUUUAUGAUCUACAGGACAGUUUUUUGUUUUUUUUUGGUUCAUUAUUCAUCAUGAACAUCUAAUAAAUCAUGAAUUUAAUUACUUAAUUAACAGUUAGAGAUUAAAGUUAGGGCAGUGGCUCUCACAUUUUUCACACCAGAAAAAGAAACAUACCAAGAAACAAUUUGGCCUUCAGAGUAUCACAAGGUCUAAAUCAAGUCUAUAAACAGGCCUCUCAGAGGUCUAAUCCAGAUUUAAUCCAGGUCUAAAAGUGGACUACAUCAUUUCCACAGUAUUCCUGAACAAGAAAUGGUCAAAAGGAGGACAUAAAAGUGGAUGAAAUGGACUCUAAAUUAGGUAAACCCACAAACUGAAGAGCUUUCUAAGUACAUCCUGAAGGAGCACGCGUCCCACAGUGAGAAACAAUGAGUUAUGGUGUUAUGCUUGUUAAACUAAGCCUGUAAAUCAUGUCAUAUGCAUUUCUGUCCUUGCAUUUGGUCUAUUAUUUUGUUAUGUGUUUUGUCAUAAUAAAUAAAGCUUGCUUCAUACAAAGGCUGAA